UAUUGUGAAACCGCUUUCCUGGCUAGAGUUACGUUUUCCAGCAGGAGCGAGAGGGGGAUGUCGAAGCGCUGAUUUUUUUCUUUUCCCACUUCCAGAGGCUUUUUGUUGGGUCGUCGUUGCAGGAGUCUCCAGACCUCCAUGACCAGAGGGAAGACUUCCCUUUACUGGCCCAACACCACUUCCAGCAGCAACUCACUUUCUCGGGAGGUCUCCCAUCCAAGUACUAGCCAAGACCAUACCUGCUUAGCUUCUGUCAUUUGGCAGAGCCAGGGUACCUGUUGGUAUGGCUGUUGAAAAUGCCCAAGGCCAAAGCUCACAAACAACCCAGGGCUUCCUGCAACAUGUCAGGCAACUCACCGGGCUAAAAAAAGAAGAUGUCUUCUGUAAUCUGCGAAUCCCAAAUCAGAUGAAAUUAGCUAAAGAUGACAUCAACAUUGUUCUCCUUACAGGCCAAGGCAUUUUCUGUAUUGAUGUAAACCUCUUGCAAGGCAGUGUGUCUGCACACAACCAAAACUGGUACGUGCAAGUCAAAGAAGAGGACCAAGACUUUACCAACAUUUGUAUGAAACAGGUGGUGGACCCCCUCAAAGCAAUUAUGACCAAGACGGUUAACCUAUUCCAGCACUUGAACAAGAGUGAAGUGCCUGUGCAGUGGAAUCUCUUCUCCUUCAGAGUUGUCUUCCUUUCUCCGGACUGUGAGCUGGACAAAGAGCUCAAGAAGAAGAAGGAGCUGGUCUCCCACAGCCAGAUACAUGCUUUCUUCAGCUCCUUCAGGGAGGGCUACAUGGCUUGGAUAUCGGACGCACUGACCCCCUCCUGGAUGUCUGGUCAUCUGUCCUACAAGCAGAUGGAGGCAGUGCGUGGGGUCCUGCGCACGAUGGGGACGUGGGAUGUGGUGAGGCUGUGCUGUGGUGAGCAGCUGAAAGGCGACUACCAGAGCUGCCAGUACAUCGCUCUCAACCGCCAGGAGACAGACACACUUGUGUUUUCCAGGGGCAAGACCCUGUCGGCUGAGUCGCUGUGGGUCUUAUUGGGACAUGUCCCUCAGAUAACGGUGAAGAUGUACAAGCGCGGAGCUCCCGGCUGGCUGGGCAAGCCCCUGGCUGCCACCGCCACCAUACCCCCCGACACCCAUGUCAUCUUCAAGGUCAGCGGGGAGGAAGAGUACACCACAAUCCCAGCCAGCACCAUCCAUAGCAUCACCCUCAGCAUAUGACAGCCAGCAUCGAUGAAGAAAUGUUAGCCACUCUAGCAUGGCGCUGUAUGGUAAGAAACAGUUUUUGAUUGGAGAUGGAGUUUUGCCGCGUCACUGUGGUCUGACAAACCAAACUCCUUACUCAGCUCACACAUAAAGAGGGCGUAAAUAUGCCUGGUUACAUUUUGAUAUUGAGUGCCUUUUUAUCAUUGUGUAUUUUGUUUUAUUUUGACAUACUCUAAGUGGAUGUGUUAGCCUGGCAAUGUCUUUUGUCACCAUGUUGUACAACUCUGAGCAUGUUCAUGCCAGUGUUUGCUGUGGAAGAAAGAAUUCACCCAAUUUUCGGGGCGUCUCGAGUAGCAUAGUGGUCUUUUCCAUUGCCUACUAACACGGUGAUCACUGUUUGAAUCCCUGUGUUACCUCCAGCUUGGUCGAGUGUCCCUACAGACACAAUUGGCCGUGUCUGCGGGUGGGAAGCCAGAUGUGGGUAUGUGUCCUGGUCGCUGCACUAGCGCCUCCUCUGGUCGGUCGGGGCGCCUGUUCGGGGGGGGGGUUGGGGGGAAUGGCAUGAUCCUCCCAAGCACUACAUCCCCCUGGUGAAACUCCUCACUGUCAGGUGAAAAGAAGCAGCUGGCGACUCCACAUGUAUCGGAGGAGGCAUGUGGUAGUCUGCAGCCCUCCCCGGAUUGGCAGAGGGGGGUGGAGCAGCGACCGGGACGGUUCGGAAGAGUGGGGUAACUGACCGGACAAAAUUGGGGAGAAAAAGGGAGAAAAAAAAAAAAGAAUUCCCCCAGUUUUCCUUCAUGCUCCAAUUGGCUAUCAUGCAAAUAUUAUGUUAAUGAGGAUGGUGCGGACGAUUAGCCUCAUUAACUUUCUCUUGUUUUUGAAUUGCUAGGGCCAGCCCACACUUACACCAGCCAUUAAUUAGCCAUUACAGUAAGUGAAUAUGUCAAAGCAGUUCAGAUUUGAAGUGCCCGACACGUUAAUUGUGGCGGUUUAAAACCUGGAGGUCUCUGCCACGACGAGGAUCAGGCGAGCUAUUUCCUCUGCUGCUUUAAUGGGCGGUGAUUUACAGUCUGUUUAGGCGGUGUAACUGUAAGGUGCUUUAUUAAAAUGCUCUGCCGCAGAGAGGGGAUGAUAACAUAUUCAAGAGCGCGCAGGCUCGGCUACCAGCACCAUUCAUUUGUGUCUUUCAGUUACUUUCCAUCAGUUACCAAGCUCAUACAGCCGCGCUAACAGCUAGCAAUUCUAUUUACUGUGCCUGGUAGCGGCCAAAAUGAAGUUAUUUCCAUCAAGAUAUCAGUGCCUUUUGCUAAUUCGAUAGAGGAGGCUCUCUGUUUUGAUGGUAUAUCUGCUUGCAUGGCAUCCCUCUACCUGAAACAUCAUUACACUCUACUCAAGCUCCUCACGUUUACCAAAUGUCUGUCUUGCAAAUUUGCCCGAGGUGCAAAUUUUUGGCGGUUGUAAAAACACCACUGUCCACUGUUUACCAUUUGAAGACAUGCAUCUGUUUUUUUUUUCUUUCUUUCUUUUUGUGAGAUUCGGGUUGUUGCGAUGAGAUUUUUGCACCACUGCUUUUAAGCAAUUAUUGUUACAACCUGUGUCGGGGUGAAUGGUGGGUGUGUAUAUCUGUGUGACUUGUGCGCCCGUAUCAUGACUGUAAAUCUAAGUGUAUCAUUAGUCUAAAUUGAAUAUAAAUGAAAUUAUUCUCCUGCCAACUCUGUGGAAAAGGGUUCUCAGGAAAAGAACUGACAACCUUAUGCUCUUCUCCCGGCACAAACUGACAAUAUCAGAGGCUCUGGGAUUCAAUUAUCGGAGCUUUUAAGCAAUAAGUUUGACAAGGGACAGGUGCAUGCAGGUUGAUAAUAAUGUCUUGCACUUUCACUACCAUGGCAACUCGAAGGAGCAUGAAUUUUUCUUUUUGUCAUACUCCAGAUCACAUUGAAAUAAGCAUGUUUGCUUGUGUUUGUUUUUGUUUUCUUAUCAUUUGUUUUUUAAAACUGUAAACUAUGCAUUUAUCUGCACAAAUAUUUAUACUAUUCAGCUUUCAAAAUAAAAUGAUUUGA